AUGGAUAUUUGCUCAGCUCAACAGCACCAGUUGCUGCCUUCCCAGCAGCAGCCGCAAAACAGGCUGUCGCAUCAGCGACAGUAUCACCAGCAAGACCAACAGGAGCGGUGUCAACAGCGUAGCCAGCAGCAGCAACAUCAGCAGGAGCUGCAGGAGGGGCUGCAUCAACUCCCCGCUGUGCAGAAAGAGGCGGUUUCCUUCGCUCACCGAGCGGCAAGUCUGCCUCCCUCUAUCAGGCAGACAUCUUCUCGCAUUUCAGUGCAGACCAUUCCAAAUCAUAUCCAGCAGCAGCAGCCCCACCAACUUCAGCAGCAGCAUCAUCCGACAUUGCAGCAACAAUACCAUACCAAUCAGCGUCUUCAGCAGCCACAACAGUCACAGCAGCUUCAGCAGCAGCAGCCCCCGCAACUGCAGCAGCCGACUGGAAGCGGGACUCCUGUGAGGCCUUCCCACACAGGACAGCAGCAACAGUUACACGCUGAACAACACAGGCAAAGGGUUGUAGAGGGUCAGGGGCUGGAUGCCGUGGGUCUGCAUUAUUGUCCCAGUGCAGCAGGAGCAGCAUCACGGUACACUGACGCCUCGCGAGGACCACCCAGCUGCACGAACAACCCGCUGUACCCUUCGUAUCCGCUGUCAGGGGCAGCACCUUCAUCGCUGCCGCAGCCGUGGCAGCAGCAGCAGCAGCAAUGGCUCCAGCAGCAAUGGCUGCAACAGCAGUGGCAGCAGCAACAGCAGGCGAUGCAGAUGCAACAGCAAAUGAGGAAUGUAUUGCCAGCACCUGCGUAUUCUGACCCUGUAAAGUUAAAUACUACACUCCUCCGCCCAACACAACUGCUGCCCAUGAGGCUCCUUGGCGAUCUCCGGUUAAGCGUUCACAUGUACCUCCUGGGCAAGCAGGUGAAGCACUCCGUGGCUACAGAUGAGGCGGAUGAAUGCACGCGAGAUGUCAUGGCCCUCAUUGAGGCAAGGGAGGUGCCGGCAGACAGCACCAUGCCUCUCCUCAUACACGACGGUCGUGUCGUUUGCGGAGGACCUGAGGUCUGUCUUCGGUACCUGGCGAAAAAAUUGGGCCAAUAUGGCAUCGAUCACAUGAAAGAUGCACUGCAAGACCGGCUGCUCAUGGACCUCAAUACUUGGUUUAAUGUACAGCAAGCCGCAAUCCAGUCCAUCCUUUCUCCAGAUUCCAUGGCUAAGGAUGCUAUCUGCGACUACGUAAAGAGCCGACGCCAUUUUUACUUAGAAGCGGAGAAGUUGCUGGCAUUUUUUAACAGCAAGUUUGCUUUCACGGCACAGUCCAGCGUCGACGCAUCCUUGAGGGCCCCAAUAGUCAGCCUAGACGCCUCCAUCAGGGGGCCAGUGGUCAGCAGAUUGCAGCCUUUUUUUCUUGGCGAGGAAGAUUCCCUCGCUGACUAUUUCUUAUUUUCCCUGAUCGAUGACGAUCAGCGAAUUGCUGAAUGCCUCAUCAGCAGCGGCAGCACUGAAGAGACCAUUAACGGAGACCAGCAGAAGGAGCAACUACACCAAGAGAAUGCGGAAGUGGAGAUGCAUUACUUCAAAGAAACCCCCCAGCUGCAUGCCCUCUAUGUAGCUUUGCUAAAUCUACCCCUGAUACAGGAGGCACUUCUGUCCAGCGACGGGCAGGGAACAGCCUCAAUAUUAGCAGCAGGAAUGGCCGCAGCACAGGAGGAGGGAUGUCCUGGUGCUUCAAGGGAGACAAAGGACAGGCCAGCACCAUGCGUAGCUACUGAGGCAUCAACAACUGUGUCUGCCAGUGACUCCCCUCUGCAACACCUGCAGCGGCAGCAGCUUUUGAUGCAGCAGCAACAACAGAUGAAGCAGUUGCAGCAUAUGGGUGAGUCCGGGUGCAUGAACCAACUGUGGUGCUAA